AUGUCGAAUCAGCUUAUUGAUCAAUUUGGCAGUGGCGAUGCGAAGCGAUAUCCCGGCGACACAUUCCAGAAGGAAUCAAAGGAACCAUUUCACGAGAGUAGCAAGCCUCACGCUCAUGAGGUUCUGGACUCUAAGGAUCAGAGGUCUUUGAAGAACAAGUUGGCCAGAUAUGAACAUGACGAACACACUAGCCAUGAACAGGCGGCACCGGUCCAUUUCGUGAGUGAAGAAACGGCAAUGCGCAAUGAGAUUCAUCCUGAUGAGAACAAACCACAGAAGGAGCACGAAAAGAAGGGUGCGAUAAUAGACAGGCAGCUAGCAGAGGAAGACACGGCCAAGUCGGCAGAAAUGGAUGCAAAGAUUCAGGCAAAGAAAUGCCACGAGCAUAAACGUCACAAGGAGCAUAGACAAAGUAAGCAGCUCUAG